AUGGCUACGUUCUUGGCUACUUCUACAGCCUGUCCUUUACUUUGUCCCGCAAAACCAACAAGGAGUGUGAAGAUGAUGAGCAGUUUACAACAAGCAUCGGUUCUAAGAAUCCAGAGCUUCUCAGGGCUAAGGGCUUCCAAUGCAUUGGGUCUUACGGCAAGGCUUGUUCAAGGCUUAUUUUCUAAGGUUAACCGUUCGAUCUCAUCCAAGAAAGGAAGAGCUAGCCGAAGUGUAACAAAAGCCAUGUUUGAGAGGUUUACCCUGGAAGCAAUCAAGGUCAUAACGCUGUCUCAAGAGGAAGCUCUGAGACAUGGCCAUAACUUUGUUGGGACUGAGCAGAUACUGUUGGGUCUAGUUGGGGAAGGGACUGGAAUCGCUGCAAAGGCUCUUAAAUCCAUGGGAAUCAAUCUUAAAGAUGCUCGUGUAGAGGUGGAAAAGAUCAUUGGAAGAGGUAGUGGAUUUGUUGUGGCAGUGGAGAUCCCUUUUACACCUCGCGCAAAGCGUGUCUUGGAGUUGUCUCUAGCGGAAGCUCGACAACUAGGGCAUAACUACAUUAACACAGAGCAUCUUCUGCUUGGUCUUGUUCGUGAGGACGGUGUUGCCGCUCGUGUCCUGGAGAAUUUGGGUGUAGAACCUAGUAACAUCCGUACGCGGGUUAUACGUAUGGUUUCGGAAGAAAACAAUGAAGUGACAGCAAAAGUUGAUCUUGAAAAUCUUCGUAAAGAGGUGGAAAAGAUCUUUGGAAGGGGUAAUGGAUCUGCAAAAGGUGUUGCAGCUAGUGUCCUAGAGGAUUUGGGUGUGGUUCGUACUUACAUCCGGGAUAAGGUUAACGGAGAAGAAAUGGAAGUGCCAGCAGGAAACGUUGAUCUUGAACAACUUAGUCAAGAUGUGGAAACAAUCUUUGGAAGAGGGAAUGAAUCUGCGAAAGGUGUUGCAGCUCGUGUCCUACAGGAUUUGGGUGUGGAUCGUACUUACAUCCGGAAUAAGCUUAUACGUAUGAUCGAGGAAGACAAAAAGAAUUCGGGGGAUCAAGACGAACAAAUAGACAAUGAUAAUUUCACAAGGAUAGUUAUGAUUCUUCUUCUUCUUAUUCUUCUAAAACAGAAAUGA